AUGAGUGAGCAAACAGAAAUUUUGACAGAAAAUGUUAAAAAUACAAAAGAAUUUCUAAUCAAGUAUAACCAUUCAAAAUUAUUGAAAAAUCCAGAACAUAUUGAUGACGUUUUGACUAGUGUCAUCGGACAAUUUGCCAUUGUUUUAAAGCCACUAACGUCUCAGGUAGAUAAUAUUCCAGAUUCUUCAAGACCUUUUGUGACAGACGCAUUCUCGCUGUGGACUUUAAGAACUACCCAGUUUAUUCAAACCAAAAAAUUAGAUACCACUAGGUUCGAAGAAAUUGUUCGUAGCCAGCUAUUAAAUGAAAAAAAUGUUUCACGUAUAUUUCAAUAUACAGUUGAUUUCUGGGCAGAUGGAGGCUCUGGACUUGUAAAUGCUUUGCGAGAUAUGUUUACUAAAUUGCUAAGGUUGUUAAAGAUCAUAUAUUCCAAUGAAUCAUUAGUUGCUCUACUAAGCAAAUGGUUAGAUCGUGUCUUGGACAUUCCUUCAACUUUGAAAGUUCAAUAUUAUUUGAUUGAAUCUUUAUCUGAUGAAUUAGAUAUGUAUCGUGUAUUAGAAUAUAAGUCAAACUUUAUUGAAUCUUCAUUAUCCUUGAUGUGGUCCGAUUCUCUUUCCAAUCCAAUUGGUAAAUGCUUGACAAGUUUAUUAAUCAAUAUUUUUAAUAUUCAUUAUAAUAAAGACGAAUCAAAAAUUUCUGAAUGGAUGGUUAUCUGGAAGAAUCAAGUAUUAAACUAUUUACCUCAACCUAAAUUCUCCAAAUCAAUUGAAUUUUAUGUUCUAAGACCAAUAUUCAAUUUAAUGCCACGUCAAGCUUUUUCUCUGUUUAUGAAGGAUCUGUUUACCAAUGAGCCAUCCCAGUUACUAUCACUAUUAAAAAUCGGUCAAGAGUUAGAUAUAGAAGAAGAACCUUUCCAUGAUGAUAAAUUAAUCUCAAUGGCAGUUUUAGAAAAAUUAUUACAACAAGAUGAAAACAAAUUGCCCGCAUUUGAAUUACUAACAUUCUCCGUUAAAAAAUCAAAGCCAAUUAAAGGAUAUAUUUUCGAAUUAUUGAAGAGAAAUUUAUCUAUAUUCUUUGUUGAUACCGAAGUGGAAACAAGAAAUUAUUUCGCAAGUGCCUUUAAACAUUUUAUACUAAGAGUAAGAGAUUCAUGUGCAUGUUUAGCGAGAGAUGCAAAGAAAUUGAAUAAAGCAAAUAAAUUACCUGAAGAGCAAAAAGAAAAAUUGAAUGAGGUUCAAAUUGCACGUGAUUUUCUAUAUUGGUUAUUAGAUUUUUUAAAAAUCCAAUUAUGUCCAGGAACACAAUAUCAAAGAAAUGAUCUUGCUUUCCAAAUCUUGAAUAUUUUCAUUGAAACAGGAUUAGAUAGAAGUAUUGCGGAAAAAUUCUUAGACAAAAGAAAUAGAAGAGAAUAUCCCUUUUCAAUCAACUUAUUAGAUGAUGACGCAUUAAUAAGAUUAUUGAUAGAUAACUUGACAAAUUCAUAUGAUGAUAUUCGUAAGCAAGCCAAAUAUAUUUUAUUAAUUGCUUUUCAAAGUGAUAUAGAUAGUGUAUUAUAUUCGAAAAUUGAUUGGCAAAAAUUAUACUCUGAAUCUAAACAGCAAUUAUCAGUUUUCCAAACUUCAGAUAUUGGUGCAACUAUUGCAGAUUUCUUAUUCAUGACAUCAUUCAACAAAGAGUCAUUUAUUUGUCGUACUGAGAGAGAUAUUCAUUUCAAAAUUUUGCAUUUUAAGGAUGACUUUGUCGCUGCAGUAAACGAUCCAGUAGGUGGUUACUUUACAGCAUUACGUUCUAUCUUAGCUCAAUAUAACUUUGAUAUUAACGACCCACGAUUAGGUGAAUUGGUAAAAAAUAGCAUUUCUUUGGUGGAAUUUCAAUGGGAGACUGUUAAAGAUGUUCUUUGUCAUGAUGCUUCAGAUGGUAUUUUACCUCAAAAAUACAUUGAUUCUGAAAUAUCAGAUCAACAAAUCACUAGUUAUGCCUUCAGAGCCAUUAAAGAAGCAUCUGGAUUAUUAAAUACUUUAUUGACUAGAUAUCCAAUGGCGGAUGAUAAAUUAGUGCGAAUUGGUAAUCUGCUAAUAUCACAGUUACUUUCAAUUCGUCAUAGCGGUGCUUUCCAAUCUAUAUUGCCAAGUUUAACAGUUUGUUGUAAUAGAGCGAGAAAGCAAUACCCUAAACAAAUAGAUGUUUGGCUAAAAGAAAUUAUUAAUGAAUUAGAUACUAAAACGCAACAUAUUACCAGAAGAUCAGGUGGUAUUCCGUUCUUAAUUACUACUAUAUUGUCAACAGAAACAAAGAAUGACAGAUCUCAAUUGACUUAUGUUUUUGAAAACCUGAUACGUAUUGCAUCUAUUCCAAUAGUUGGUUUCCAAGAUAAAAUUGAUGUCCCUCAAAUUAAUGCAUUCAAUUGUAUGAGAGCUAUUUUUAUUGAAUCAAAACUUGCAUCACAUUGUUUAGCGUAUGUUCCAAUUGCUUUACAGCUAUCAUUAUCUAGUUUUACUUCUGAUAUAUGGGCUUUGAGAAAUUGUUCCAUUAUGUUGUUUACUUCUUUACAAAAUAGAAUAUUUGGUAAAGUUGGAAAAAACAUGAGUGCACAUUUAUUUUUUUCUAAAUUCCCCGGUGUUAGAGAUAUUUUAUUAGAUUUACUUGAAAAUUCGAAUUCAAAUAUGACUAAUAACUGUUUAAAAUCUUCAGCAGGUAUUGAAUCUAUUUUCUUAGUGUUAAACCUACUAUUGCGUUUAAAGCCAACCCCUGGGUAUGAUGGUUUGGAUAUCUUUAAAAAAGGAGUUAUUCAAUGUCUUGGAAAUAAAAAUUGGAAAAUCAGAGAUAUGGCAUCGAGAACUAUUGUUGCAUUAUCUAAAGAUCAUGAAUCAGAUAUCAUUGACUUACUUAAAACUUGUUCACAAAAUAAUCAAAAUAAAUUGCAUGGACAUUUAAUGGCGAUAAAAAAUAUGAUAGUUGCCUUAAAUUCAGAUAUGCCUAAUUGGGAUCAUUUACCACUUACUAAGACGAUCCUUGAAUACGAUAAUAUAUUGCUCUUUAACAAUAUGUCCUUUAUUACCGGGCAUGCAUAUUGUGACUUGUUAUUAGAAUUAAUAGAUGGUUCUUCUGAUUUGGUUAUCCAAAAUUCUCAGUUUUUGUUCAAAUUAGGUAAUUACUUCAUUGAAAAUAGUAUCAUUCACAGAGUUGAUGGCAGUAAGCAGUUAUGCCUGGCUCUUGUAUUGAAAAUUUUACUAAUGUACGAAAAGAAGGAAAGCAUUAUGGAUCUCUGUAGAUUGGGCCUAAACUCUUCGUUUUUUGAAGUUCAAGACAUUGCUGUCAAAUUUAUUUUACAAGAAAAUAGCAAGGAUAUAUUGAAUGGCAAUAAUGAUAUUUUAAAAGAUCUGAAUCAUCUACUAUACUCUGAUAGCACAAUGGUAACUAUCAAAAAGCCAAUUUUAAAAGCUAUUCAAAAGACUGAAAGCAAAUUAGAUGUCGACUCCUUAAUGGAAUUAUUAUCAUCUACCGCCAGUGAGGAUUUACGUCUGGCUACAAUUGAGGCCUUGGGUACUGUAGUUACUCAAGAAGCAAUGGAAUCUAUCUUAAAUUUGGCUUUGGAUUUAGUCAAAGUUGAUAAACCAACGAAUUCACGGCUAUCAGGUCUAAAAUGUUUAACAAAUAUGUAUACAAAAAUUUCAACAAUCAAGAUCCUUUUCCAUAUCCACGAAAUGUUGACUGAUGAUGAUGAAGAUGUAAGAGAUACUGCUGCAUUUUGGUUAAAUAAAAAUAUUUUAAAAUUGGAUUCUUGGGAAAAUAAAAUGAGUUCGUGUAUUACAUCACAUAAAGUGAUUAUGCAUAUGAAAUCUAUUUAUACGCAAGAGGAGAUAUAUGACCUAAUUUGGCAACAAGUUCGAACUUAUCUGGAUGGCCUUCAUGAACUAUUUUUGGAGAUUGAAACUACAGAAGAACAACUAUUUGAAUUUGAAAAAGAUAAUCAAUUUAGAAAUGAAAUCCAUGUAUUUGGUAAUUACAUUAAUGUUCUUGGAACUCUUGAUAUUUCAAAUACUCAGGCAUGUGAAUAUAUUGAAAACUUAUUGUCUUCAUUAGCUAGCUAUUUAGCAAAUGAAUCAGUGAUUGAUACACCAUUAGGUUGGGUAUCAAAUCCUGAAGUAUUCAAUCGUUUGAUUAUUUUCUUCUCUUUGGUUAAAACAUUGGCACCUAAUAGAUCAGCCUCUAUUAAAAGAUUGGUUGAUAAUCACAAUCUGCAUUCUUUCCUUGUAAAAUAUUCCGAUAUUACAAUUUUACCUGCAUAA